AUGUCCCAGGUCAAUCAGGAAUUUGUGCAGCGCUAUCCGAAUGCCAGCACUCUAGAGGUUCCUGAUAACUUCAUAGACACCAUCAAUCGCUGGACCCUGAGCGGUAGAGCGAUUGGAGAAGGAAGCCAAAGGGGUGUUGUCCGUCCUGAGAACGAGCAGAGUGUACUGGAAAAGCUGCUCAAGGUCGACAAGAAGGUGGCCACAAUCAUGGCCAUGGACAUGCUAAUGGCGGAGUUGAUACCGUACACCUCUAGCACAUUUACAGGGGUCAAGAAUCCCGAAAAAGCAGGCCAUACUCCGAAGGAGGUGAUGAAGUACUGCCCACAAGGACUCGGAUUUCACGGAAGAAUCCAUGAAGAACGUUCCCUAUUUGCGUGCCAGCAUCAAAGAGUCGCAUCGGAUGUACCCGCUGGCUGUUAUGAAUGCCCGAGUUCUCAAUCGGGACAGCGUUUUGAGCGGAUACCAAUGUCAGCUGGUACCUGUGUGUCGAUGGUUCCCCUGAGCUUGCUAUCAAGCGAGGAGCACUUCCCCAAGGCUGCUGAGUUCCUGCCAGAACGUUGGAUUCGUAACGCCACAGACUCCACCGGGCAAUGCCCAGCAAAUGACUUGAAGCUGAAGAAUCCGUUUGUGUCUUGCCCUUCGGAUUGGACCCCGGAUGUGCGUUGGAAAGCGCAUCGUGGACAUGGAGCUGGAGGGCUCGCCGGCUCCUUCGAACUCAACAUCGAGUUCAAUCACUCCACGGAAAAAGCCUUCGCAGUGAACUGA